GCCACGGGCAGGCCGACACACGCUCGUCCUCAUACGCGAGAGACCGUGCGUGCCCUCCUCGGCCACACCGCGGGGUCAGUCGGGGUCCUGCUCUGAGUCAGGACACUCCGAGAGGGAAGAGUGAGAAUUUCUUCUUCUAUUUCUUCUUCUUCUUCGCACGGACUGAACUGACGUUCAGACAACAAGUUACCUGUAGUACUAGUACCUACUGGCUGCUCUCGGCGACACACACCGUAGCAGUCCGCUAAUUGUCAAGGAAACAGAAAACGGAGUAGGAGGAAGUCAAGCGGCUGAUGUCAAGGUUUUGUCAAGGGAUUUAAAAUAUCUCGCGGUUCAUGGCUCUUCGAGAUCCAAGACUGAAGCGACUCUAAGUAUUGAAGAGGAGGAUUGGUUUAAACGAUGAUUCGCGUCCUCGUCGCGAUCGACCUUGAUGAAUCGUGACUUCCGGAAAGAGACUUCGACCGACCGGUCGGUGAAUGGUGAACGGAACCAGUUGCAAGGUCGUUCGAGAAAACACUUUUGAACUCGCGCGUUUGAACGAGCGACCAAGAUCGCGUGUUUCCGCGAAAGUAUCUGUGCGAAAAGGCGGCAACGUGUGCCCGGUGGUUUGACGUUUGCCGAAGAAAUUCUGUGUGAUUCGCGCGCGCCGAACUCUGAAUCUGGCAGGCACAGUGCGCGCGGAGACCGUGAUCGGGAUAGUGCGCGGUUCCAUGAGCGGCAUACAAUUUUAGCACAUCGUUCUAGCAUCGCCUGCAACACCUGAACGUGAUGUGUGAAGCGGUACCUCGAACUUGGCACAUGAAACCGGAACUUCAUUGCAAUCCCGUGGGAGUUCCGGCGGGCGCCUUGUCACCCCCGGCCACCCUCUCGCCACCCGGCAGCCCCAGCAUAAUCACGCUACCAUCCUCGCCUUGGAGCCCAGGUGUACCGGGAAGCAGUUCGAGCACCAUCGCCUCCACCACCAAUGCACCUUCGGGCCUUUGUCAACCCGUCCCCGAUCGUUUCAGCGCCUUUACCCUCGUGUCGAAUUACAAUCCCGAUCUGAGACUGCAAAGUCUACCACUCAGCGCUAGCGUUGCCGCGCGAGACAUGCGUUGCGGUCUUAUGUACGGCGGCUAUGGGGCGUCUGGGGGUGCCUGGUGGGCCCGUCACAUGGGCCUGCUGCUGCCACAUUCUUUGCUCCCGCCUACGAGAAUCCCGUCCCAACAGACGACACCGGUCACGAAUUGCUCGCCCAUUCAUUCGGAACCUCUCAGUCCGGCACGUCCCGGAUCACCCCGGAGAUGCACACCGGAGAAGGCCAAGUUCGAGGAGGAAGUGCCGUUGAACCUCAGCACGAAGCCGAGCGACGUCUCGUCGAGUAUCGGCAGCAGAAAAAGUGAAAUCUGGUCGCCGGGCUCGGUGUGCGAGAGGGAGGCCAGAGAAACGAGAGCACCGUCCUCCAGGAGUCCGUCCUCGACCCCUAUAAUUACGCGGCAAAUUCAUCAUUCACCGCUUACACCGCCCUCCUCGACGGAAAGGACUUUUCAAUGUAAGCAAUGCGGUAAGGCCUUCAAACGGUCAAGCACGCUCAGCACUCACCUGCUGAUCCACUCCGACACGAGGCCUUAUCCCUGUCAAUAUUGUGGCAAGAGGUUUCACCAGAAGUCGGACAUGAAGAAGCACACCUACAUCCACACCG